AAUUUUAGGUAACACAUUUUGAGUCGGCCUCAGCUUUUUGUAAUGACUUAAUUUCUCCACCAGAUAGAGCCAUUUGACCAGAAUGAUCCCAUCACCUGGGGCAUCUCGGUGACCCAGCAGGCAGCCUUCACUAUGGUUUAGAGUAGAUGUUGCCUAAUAUUUACCAACUGGUCAUUUCUAAUCGGUCAUCAACAUUAACACUGGAAUGCGAUAAUAACACGGGAUUAUUGUAACUUCUUCCAGUUACAUUUGUCCUUUUUUUUUGGUCCACCAGGUGAGAUACUUGACGUUUGUAUUUAACUAUGUAUUUUAUCUAUUUUUAGAGAGAUGGUUGUUUUAUUUACUCUCAUCCUGGGUGUGGUUCACAGGGUUUCCCCUUGUCCUCAGUACGGUGGUUGUAGCCUAGGGGUAAUGCUGUCAUCUCCCUUUUACAAACACAAUAAUAGCAGCCAGUUCGCAGCCAUAGCAACGCCACCGGUGCGCUGACAAUCCUAAAGUGAUGUGAAUGGAAAGUAAAGGGCUGGUCCUGCUCCUUCCUGAGCCGCCGCCGCCCUCGCAUCGCCACAAGGUCUAAGGUUCGGGUGUGUCCCUCUGAUGGACGAGGAGGAGCCCACAUUCCAGCAGCAGCCUCCUGGACAACCUCAGCGAACCAGUUUGAGCGGAUGUGAGGACCAUGGUAGUGGUGGGGGAAUUAGGAUGAAGAAAUUUACCCUCGGAGGCGGGGCCGCGUCCGCUGCGCGUAAAAACUCCAACAGCAACGAGCUCUGGCUCUUUCCGAGCCAGGGCUGCGCUGUCUCUGCUCUGAGCCAGAGGGAUGCUGCUGGUGGCUUUGAGACAGACGACUGGACCAGAGGGGACACAGCUUCAGAGGUGUCAAUCAGCAUGAUAUGCAAUAAAAACGGAGACUGUAGGAGAGAUCCUACCAGUUCAGGGAGUUUGUCUUCCCUCAUCUCAAGACAGGAGAAGCAGGCGGAUGGAGCCGGAGCGAGAGAAGACGAGGGGGAGUCUGCAAGCGGGGAUGCUUCUGUCCCUUCAGCGGGGUCCCUGACCCAGGGGCCCGGAGCCGACGUCAAGGCAAGCGCAGCGAUGGAGAAAAAGGACUCCAGAGUCUCCUUCUCCAACGUCCCGACUAGUAUAGGACACUUUUCAAGUCAGCAAUCCAGAAACUCUGUCACUUUUUCCAAAGCAGAAGAAGGUUCCCAUAUAGUGACGGAUGAUGGAGACAACAGAGGGAAUCAGACAUACAUGCAGCGGCAGUUCAGCUCCAUGCUUCAGCCUGGAGUUAACAAGUUCUCCCUGCGCAUGUUCGGGAGCCAGAAGGCGGUGGAGAAGGAACAGGAGCGCGUAAAGUCAGCGGGCAACUGGAUCAUCCACCCAUACAGCGACUUCAGGUUCUACUGGGACUUCACCAUGCUGAUGUUUAUGGUUGGCAACCUGAUCAUCAUCCCCGUUGGCAUCACCUUCUUCAAGGAUGAAACCACCACCCCUUGGAUCAUCUUCAACGUGGUGUCCGACACCUUCUUCCUCAUGGACUUAGUCCUCAACUUCAGGACGGGCAUCGUUUUUGAGGACAACACAGAGAUCAUCCUAGACCCCAAGAAAAUCAAGAAGAAGUACCUGAAGAGCUGGUUUGUGGUGGACUUUGUCUCCUCUAUACCUGUGGAUUAUAUCUUCCUCAUCGUGGAGAAGGGGAUUGACUCUGAGGUGUACAAAACAGCCCGUGCACUUCGAAUUGUCCGCUUCACCAAGAUCCUCAGUCUGCUGCGUCUUCUGAGGCUGUCCAGGCUGAUCCGGUACAUUCACCAGUGGGAGGAGAUCUUCCACAUGACCUAUGACCUGGCCAGUGCUGUGAUGCGAAUCAUCAACCUGAUCGGGAUGAUGCUUCUGCUCUGCCACUGGGAUGGCUGCCUUCAGUUCCUUGUUCCUAUGCUGCAGGACUUCCCGUCCGAUUGUUGGGUGUCACUCAACAAGAUGGUGAAUGACACGUGGACCGAGCUCUACUCCUUUGCUCUCUUUAAAGCCAUGAGCCACAUGCUGUGCAUCGGAUAUGGGAGACAGGCCCCAGAGAGCAUGUCAGACAUCUGGCUGACCAUGCUCAGUAUGAUCGUAGGAGCCACCUGCUACGCCAUGUUCAUCGGCCACGCAACUGCACUCAUUCAGUCGCUUGAUUCAUCUAGACGGCAAUACCAGGAAAAGUACAAACAAGUGGAGCAGUACAUGUCCUUCCACAAACUCCCAGCUGACUUCCGACAGAAAAUCCAUGACUACUACGAGCACAGGUACCAGGGCAAGAUGUUUGAUGAAGAGAGCAUCCUGGAGGAGCUUAAUGAGCCUCUGCGCGAGGAAAUUGUCAACUUCAAUUGCCGUAAGCUGGUGGCCUCCAUGCCUCUGUUUGCCAACGCUGAUCCCAACUUUGUGACUGCCAUGCUGACCAAACUCAGGUUUGAAGUUUUCCAGCCCGGAGACUACAUCAUCAGAGAGGGAACCAUCGGCAAGAAGAUGUAUUUUAUUCAGCACGGGGUGGUGAGCGUCCUGACCAAAGGGAGCCUGGGCAUGAAGCUGAUGGAUGGCUCUUACUUUGGAGAGAUCUGUCUGCUGACCCGUGGCAGACGGACAGCCAGUGUGCGAGCAGACACCUACUGUCGCCUUUACUCCCUCUCGGUGGACAAUUUCAAUGAGGUGCUGGAGGAGUAUCCCAUGAUGAGAAGGGCCUUUGAGACAGUUGCCAUCGACAGGCUGGACAGGAUAGGCAAGAAGAACUCGAUCCUGAUGCACAAAGUUCAGCAUGACCUUAAUUCUGGUGUUUUCAACAACCACGAGAAUGAGAUGAUCCAGGAGAUAGUCAAAUAUGAUAGGGAGAUGGUUCAGCAGGUGGAUGCACCACGGCCACGAGCCAUGUCCAUGACGUCUCCUCUUCCCAGUGGGAUCUUUAUUCCUCCAGCUUCUUCCACUCAGCCCCGAGACUCAGCAAUUGCCACUUUGCAGCAGGCUGUGGCCAUGAACUUUUGUGCCCCCAUGCAAGGGAACUCGGUGGGGACAGGAACGUUGCAGUCUCCAAGGUUGGUGAGGAGAUUCCAGGUGAUGCAGAGUGCAUCCAGCCCUGUCUCGGCUUCUCCACUACAGUCCCAGCUUCUUGCUUCCAGUGCCUUUGCUUCAGUCCUGGCCAGUCCACCUGUCCAGAGCCCACUGGCAGCUGGAGGACGAACAUUCCAGUAUGGAUCCAGCACCCUGGCUGGUCCCAUCUCAGGCUCCCAGCUUUCUCUGAUUCAGCAGCACAUGGCCAGUCCUGCACACCAGCCCAGUGCACACAAGAGCACUCAUUCUCUGCAGCUAGGCAGCCUGAGCCAAGACGUUCGAGCACUAUCAGCCUCCCAGCCUUCACUGCCUCAUGAGGGGGCACAGCCUGGUGUCCCCAGUCCCCCUCAGUCCACAAGAGUUUCAUCCACUUCCAUCGGACCCCCUCAAACGCCAUUAGGCUCUACAGUCAUUCGGAGCGCAAUCCCACAUAGGGUGGUACUCCCCCAUCAGUUGUCUGUGGGGGCUUUCCCUGUAGCAUCUCUACCUGGUUCUGUGCACAGUUAUGCAUCUGGUGCAGAGAUGGCAGCAGGGGGUCAUGGGGACAUGGGACCGCCUAAGAAAGACUCUAUAGCGAGCCUUCCUGAGACAGACCACAUCAAAGUCCGAUCAAGGCUUUCAUCAAAUUUGUGAUCUUAAGCAAACUGUGCUGGGAGAGUGACUCGGUGCAGCAAUACUGCUCUUUUUCCAAGUGGGACUAUCUGAAUGUAUGAACUGUGAGCAGGAAGCAUCUGAGGAAGGAUUGCAAAAACUGAGAUGUUUCGACUCGCAUGUGUAGUUGCUCAAAUAAGUAGUGGCAAAGUAGCUCCUAUUACCACACAUUCAUCAACAUAUGCUUCAAUGUCCUUUCAUUCACGUAAUUUAAUGCAAACUAUGGUUGACAUGGGAAUUAAAGAUAUUCAGGCCCCUGUUUCAGAAAUCAGUGGUGGGCACUUUGUUGGUGUUACACGUUUUUUUUAUCUCCAUGAUGUUCCAGCUGCAGAAAAUGAUCUUCUCUUAAGCAAAAGCAGUGUUUCCCCCCAGAAAACUUAAUCCACCCUUACGGGCAAGCACACGUUUUAAAUAAAUACUUUAUGACAAUUUUAAGAAAACAUUUUACCUGGAUACUUUAAGCCAUAUUUCCUACAGACUACUAAUGGGAACAGAAUAAUUGUAGUAUGUAAGACUUUAAUGUUCUUCCUUAGAUCUACUGGUAUUCAUACCAUUAGAUCAGAGGGGAUGGCCAGCCUACAUACUGGCAUCAUAAGAACAGGACAAAUUCUCUAGAUACAGAUAUUGGUUUCUACCAAAAAUGUUUUUUUUUUCUUUUUAACUGUUCAAACAUAAGCUUAAAGGUUGUGGUGCAAACCAACAAAGCUGGCUUCUCUAUUAAAAAGGGGACAAUUUUACUCACAAGAAGCCUUCAGUCAGGCUUUUUCCAUGAUCUGCAGGAGGUUGUUUGUAACCAAGAACGUUGUAAAAUAUGCAAAGUUAAGCAGCUAUAGCAGUCGGAGACCAAAUUGGAAUUUGUCAAACAAACCAAAAAUAUGGAAUUGCAACAAAUUGUUUUUAUAUGUUCAGAAGGCAAAAUAAGUUACAAACUCCCAUCAUACCAAAAGGGUUUGUUGUGAAUAUUCACUCUAACCUGUCCAUGAAAUGACUGAUGAAAGUUUCAAGUUAAAACAGUUGGAAUGUCUUCUCCAGUGGUGCUGUGUCUCCAGUGAUGCGGGCAUUGUACCAAUCUGUCAUGGUGAAAAGAGAGCUGAGCAGGAAGACGAUGCUCUCGAUUUACCGGUCAAUCUACAGUCCUACCCACACCAAUGGUCACGAGCUUUGGGUAGUGAAUGAAAGAACGAGAUUACAGAUACAAGUGACCGAAAUGAGUUUCCUCCGCAGAGUGUCUGGGCUCUCCCUUAGAGAUAGGGUGAGAAGCUCAGUCAUCUGGGAAGGGCUCGGAGUAGACCUGCUGCUCCUCCACAUCGAAAGGAGCCAGUUGAGGUGGCUCGGGCAACUAUUUAGAAUGCUUCCUGGACGCCUCCCUGGUGAGGUUGUCUGGGCACAUCCAAUUGAGAAGAGACCUAAAGAAGGACCCAGGACAUGCUGGAGGGACUUAGUUUCUUGGCUGGCCAGGAAACGCCCUGGGGUUCCCCUGGAGGAGCUGACUCAUGUGGCGUGAGUCAGCUCCCAGGGAAGCCUGGGCCUGUGUGCCUAGGCUGCUGCCCUGCUACCCGUCUCCGGAUAAGUGGAGGACAAUGGAUGGAUGGAUCUCUCAGCAGAUUUAUUAGGGUUUAAAGGGCAUUUGUGUAAUUUCCUGCCAGUGAAUUACAAUUAUAUCAGUUUUAUACAAUUGUAAAUUCUGACUCUCAUAGUCAAAAUUCAUAGCUUUCAUAACCUAACUUUCACUUUCCUUCAGUGGCAGUUUCAGCAACGUAUCUCAAUGCCAAAGUCAAUUCACACAAACAAUGACACUCCGGCGCCACACAACCAACUGAUCACGCCCCAGCGUUCCUAAACAGCCAAGGACAGCACAGAUACUUUGCAGGAUGUACUAAAUAUUGAAUAUUGAAGUGUGUCUCAGUCGUUGAGGCCUCAGUCAGAGUUCACUGGAUGCCGCUGAUUUGUGUCCAGAUGCAUUAGGAAGGGGACCCUUUUUUCCUGAACCUGACAUCUCAUUCACCUCCUCUCACUAAAGCCUGAAUCAUUACAGGGUAAUGAGGGUGGAAAUUGGAAUCCCUCGGGCCUGUUUGGGUCUGUUAUUAUCAUCGUUCGGAUGGAUUUCGUUACACAGUGCCAAUAAUGAGUUCAUAUGCCAUGAUCACUUGGCAUUUGCAUUUUGUUUGGCUUGUGUUCCCUGCACUGUUAACCACACUGACUUCUAAAUCAGGAAAAGUUGACAGUUUAGAAGUAUUUUUUUUUAUUCUUCAUACAGUUUAUUUGAGGUUUGUUGUGUUUUUGUUUGAAUCAUGCCCCCUGGACCUCAUCUGGGUCCUGAAACCUAAUUAAUACAGGCUUGUUAUGAAAAUAGUGUUUACUGAACAUUAUUUUCAGAGGAAUUGUCUUGAGACAGAAAAUGCAUUUAGUGACAAACUUACUUUUUGAAUUUUCUUGUAACACAAUCAUAGAUGAUUGUGUAAUUUAAAAAAAAGAAGUAAAAGGAAAAAAAAGGGUUGAAAGUCAAUAACUAAAUCAGCGUCUUGUUGCAACAGCUGCUGAUGCGUUUCUUAACUACUGGAAAUCUUAAAGCUUAACAAUUACCCAAAACCAGUGUUCUGCAUAUUGUAAUUUUUAUUUAAAACCUUCAGUUUUCAAUGCACUGCAUUUAUUCAUUUCUGUGAAAGUGAUGUUGAAGACACAAAGCAAUAAUAGCCUGAAGAAAUGAGUGAGUGGUAACUUUAUGCAGAUGAUAUUCUAUUGUAUCCUUGUGUGCAUGAUGAUGCAAUAUUCCAAAUUUGGAAUUUUUUCCCCAAACUUCACUGAGAAUUUGUGUUUUUCUAAGCUGACCAUUCAAUCUAAACCACAGACGUCCCUAAAAGUAACUGUAAACGAAGCAUGAACCAUUUAAGCAAAAUUGUAUAACCUAGUUAUUAAAUGUACACCUGUUACUGAAGAAACAGGAAAGUUUUCUUUUUCAACUCUGACAAACUUCUUUGGUUUGAACAUAUAUUUUCUUGAACGUAAGGAUUCAAUCAGAAGAAAGUCAUUUGCACUGCAAAAGAAGUGUCAUGUUAUUCCUGCAGAUGUUUGCAGGACCUCCCAGAGUCUGUAUAUAAUCCUUGGCCAGUUGCUGUAAGGUCUGCAUGGUAUUUCCUUCUGUUUAGAUUUGUUUUUCUGUUGCUACACACACACACAUCCAGUUAAAAGUCCAGGCACUAAAAGCAGCCUUUAAACUUUUUACCUUUAUCUUUUUUGGUUAGCUGCUCAGCGCUCUGUACAAGCAAUCUGCUCUCUCUUUGUAACUUUGCAAACACAUUUAGAGGCAUGUAAAUGUUACAGUGACUCAGCUGUUCAACUCUUUCAGUGCACCCACGUGGUUUUGGUUGGGACGGCAUCAGCACCAUGCACACAUUUGCACGCAUGGUCUACAGCAUUCAACGAGGCUGCUUGUUUUUGCCAUGCUGCGUGAUUUAUUUUGGCUUUGCAGGGACUGGAUGUAUAAAGCCGAUCUCUUUUUGUGCUUUAUAUCCAUAAAUACAUCAUGUUCAGCUGUAGUUUUUACCCGAUGUGUUUAUGUUUAGUACGGAGAAAAGUUUUUGGGACCCCACAAGGGCUGCUUGAAUUCAACAAGAGUUUGAAUUGAAAUCUUAAAAAUAAAACAGAAACAGAAAUUAUUUCAGAUUCUUCCUCCUACUGGUUAAUAGCAACACAUAAAACCACAGUGCUGCAAUCACGUAUUUGCUUUUGUGACAUUUAAAUGUUCCAGAUCAGCAAACAACUUCCAACAUCAGACUAGAUAGCCCAAAGUACAAAAUGCAGUUUUAAAAUGAUGAUUUAUUUUAAUUAGAUGAAAUUUUCUGCAUCAGAAGGGUUUCCAGCCUCAAGGGCUUGUUUAUGGUCAAAGUUAAGAAUGUCUCCUUCAUGAGUUUCUGAUGGAGAGAGAGAGAUCAAGGCUGCAUGGCAGUGCAGUUGGUAGCAGUGUUGCCUCGCAGCGAGACAGUUACAGGUUUGAAUCCCAGCUGUUGCGUUUGAAGUUCGCACGUUCUCUUCAAUGGGUGAGUUUUGUCUAGGUGUUCCAUUUUCUUCUCGCAGACCAAAAAACAUGCAUGUUAGGGCCAAUUCACAUGGCUAGGUUUAAAAAUUGUCAAACGAUGUUCACGACAUCAGAGACCGCACACACUGCAAUGAAAAACAUUACAGAUAUAAAAGUGCUGUUGCUUCGGUGUGUGCAGCAACAUUGUAAAAAGUACACACUACACACAAACAGGUUUCACACCCAAACAUGAAUUGGGAGUAAACAAACACGGUGGUGGAGGAGCCUCCAGUGUGCUCCCGUCACCUCGCCUUCUGACUGGCUUCUCUUCCAAAGUUAGUUUGUCAUCGAAGUCAAACCAAGAGAAUCCAACAUGUGGAACAACAUCUUGUGAUUUAUGAUCGUAGUCGUCCUAAUGCACCUUUGUGUGCAGACCAGAGCACUCGUAACCCAGCAAUCGAUGGGUAAAUUUGAUAUAAUUAUUUUUGGAACCUUUACAAUAAUCUGGCAGGAGAGAAUCAGGUCAAAAAUGUCAUUAUUAUCUUACCGUGUGAACCAGGCCUUAUGUUAUGACUUUAAAUUGUUGUUUGUCUCUGUGUGUCCCUGUGAUGGACUGGGGACCUGUCCAGGGUGUCCUGUGCCUAUUGCCUGCUUGGAGACCAAUACUAGUUCUCCAUCAGCUUACUGAGGAACAUGAGUGAGCAAGCGGGGUUUGGGAAGAUACUGUCUGUGCCGAUGAGAUAAAAGUAUUCGGGAUCAUCAAGAUGUUUUUGGUAAAUUAUUAGACAGGCUGAUGUGUCAUUUUAGGUCAGAAGAGGGUUUUGCCUCUGAACUAGCUUCCAGUGGUGCCCUUGUUUCUUUAUUAUUGUUGAAGCGUAACCAGUUAGGUCAAUUACUUUCUCACAUUGGGGCCAAUUUAGUUUAGGUAAAAGUAUCACUUAAUACAUGAGAUCACCUUUUGAAACUGCAUUUUGUAUAGGCAAAAAAGCAAAACCGAAAGAAAGGUGUGUGUAAUAGUUUUCCAUGGCACUGUACAGGAUGCACAUUUUGCACAGGUACAUUCAUUAUAUCUGUAAAAUCACCACUGUAUUCAUCUACUUUUGCUUUUGUCUUCAGACCCAAAACAUCAACGUAACCCAACUCAAAGAAAAUACUGAUUGACGCGUUUUAAAGCCAAUAAUAAAAUUAUAUAUAAACAUUUGCUUUUGCCUUGAACUUUGGAAAAAAUCUGAUCUUAUUCACUCACUCUCUGGGAAAUAACAGUGAAUGUUUCUGUGUCAGGGGACAGGUCUUCUCUUCUUAAACCCUCUGCACACCCCAUACCUACGCGAGUAUCUUCUGUACAUACCGUACCCAGUGCCUAGCAGAAGUCUUAGUCUUUAUAAACAUGUACAAUAUUCUUUGUGUGUGGCUAUAAAAAAUGCAAGAUCCUCACAAACAUCACUGUCAACUGUAUUCCACUGCAAUACAUGUACAAAGAGAACCAAUAAAUUGUAUUUGAAUA